AUGUACUCUUGCGCAAAUUACCCCCGCGGAUGCCGAGGCCGUGUCAACAGACAGGGAGCGAAAUGCUCUGACUGCGUUUCUUUGAACUUGCGUCGCCCAUCUUUUGCUUCGCCGUUCGCCCAACCACGCGAGUACAAGCGAAUGCUGCCCUCAGAACUCUUCGGCGAGUCUUCAUCCAAGGCACCCGAGCCCCAGCUGUAA